AUGGAGAUACCAGAAAAGGACUUGACGCAAGCUCAUAAAUUCUCAUCACCCAAACUAGAUAGAUUUCCAGAAAUUUGUGACACAAUACUAAUAUCGACUGAUAAUACUGAAGAGGAGUAUAAGAGCGCAGAAUAUUAUGUUUCCAUGGCGGGAACUUCACGUCAAGGACUAUCAUCAGAACCUUUAGGUACAAGGUUUCACACAAAAAAAUCUCAAGUCUUAUCAUUGUCUCAGAUCAAACAAUUUCUCGUUGACGCUUCCGACAAUAUUUAUUUGGCUAUGAAGGUGAUACUCAUUUUUGGAUUUUGCGGGGCAUUAAGAUCGGGUGAAUAUUGUUCAAUCAAAACUCAAGAUGUUGAAGAAACUGGAACUCAGUUCAUUGUUACUAUCCGAGACACAAAAAAUUAUUAUCCUGGUUCGUUCGUCAUCAUGGAUGAAUACAGCGAUAAAAUUCGUCAGUACGUAGCUUUACAACCGGAAAACUCGAACACUGACAGAUUUUUUAUACUGUACGACAAAGGGGCCUGCAAACGUCAACCAAUGGAUAAAAAUACAAUAGCAGAUAAGCCUACAAAACAUAAAAAUAGCCGUCAACAAAUUCGAGUAGAGGAUGACUUAGAAAGCGUGGAUGAGGACGAAGAACUACAAACUUAUGAAGAAGAUGCAGAAGAAGAGGAAAAUGAAGAUGAAGGAGAAGAGAAAUAUACAGAUGGUGUAGAAGAUGAAGACGACGAGGAAGUAGAACAUACAGAAGACGAAGUAGAGGAUAAAAAACAGAAACAUACAGAUCUAACCGAGGUUGACAAAUAG